AUGAAGAAAUCUAUUGUGGACCUGACGAGUAGGGAUGUACGUAUGAGACGAAGAGGUGUAGUGACGAUUAAGAAACAGCGGAAGUUGUUUGAGUUUGAUAUACCGACUACGAAUACGCUUCGAGUUAGACAACGUUCGUUUGAAGAGGUCACGAGUAACAGGGAUGAUCCUGUUGUGAUAGAAGAUGAGGAGGAUGAGGUGGAGGAGGGAGAGGAAGAGGAAGAGGAAAUAAGAUGUCCCAUUUGUAAUGUUGAUAUUACGAAGUUUGAGAUUUAUCAGAAGGAGGCUCAUGCCGAAUCGUGUUUGGAGAAGAAGCAGGAGCGUAGGGUUAAAGUGGUUAAAAGGCCGACCCUGCCGGAUAUUAAGAUACUGCGAUUCGACAGUGGGUACAAAGUGGUUGUAGAUGGGUUUAACUUCGAGAAGGACUCUGGGAUAAACCAGUAUUUUCUCUCGCAUUUCCAUUCGGAUCAUUAUAUGGGAUUACGGAAGUCCUGGGAUCAUGGGACGAUAUACGGGUCGCAGAUCACUGUGGAUCUAAUGGUUAGUAAGUUUAAUAUGAGUCGGGAUCUCGUGCGUGUACUGCCGAUGGAUCGCGAGACCUGGGUUACGGAGACUAUUUCGGUGAUUUUACUCGAUGCAAAUCACUGUCCUGGUGCUACAGUGUUCUUAUUCCAAGAGUGGGAUUCAACAAGGCAAACAGUGAUCAAACAGAUAUUACAUACGGGAGAUUUUAGAAGCAACCCGGAGCUUAUCGCCAAACUGAAUAGCAUUUGCACUUCGAGGAUCAAUCAGGUUUAUCUUGAUACAACUUACUUGAUACCAGGGUUCCAUUUUCCAACUCAAAAUUCCGUGCUGGAGGUAACUGCGCAGUUCGCUUUUGAUCUGGUGCAAAAGGGAAUACGAAACUAUUUCAACGAUUCCCAGCAGUCAAUCUUCAAGUUUGUUCGGAGAAAAGAAUCACUUUUCAAAUGUUUGUUCCUCGUCGGAACUUAUACGAUAGGUAAAGAGAAACUGGCAAUCGCGAUAGCCCAAGCGUUGAAAACCAAGAUUUACAUCCCAAAGAAAUCUUCAAGAUUCAAGAUUAUCUCCAAUUACACGUCAUACUUUCCAAAGGAUUUAAUAACGCACGAUCUUCAGGAAUCGUGUGUGCAUCUUGUCCCACUAUCAACUUUACGCUCUAAAGAAUCUAUUGAGGCCUAUUUCAAAGAUUACUCAUCAGUAUACGAUGACGCAGUCGGUUUCAUUCCAACAGGUUGGACCUACACUAACAAGUACGCACAUGCACCAGACCUACCGACUAUAGAGUCGCGCAUCCAAUACUGCCGGGACCUACUAAAAGAUGACUCAAAGAACACGCUGGAACUGAAAUUCAUCACUCGCCAGUACAAACAACAUGGCAAAUACCAAGUGUUCCGUGUUCCUUACUCAGAACAUAGCAGUUUCAAGGACCUCGUGCUCUUUGGCACCUCAAUCCCUUGUAAGGAGAUACUUGCAACGGUGAACUUACACAGCGUAGAGCGGAUAAAGGAUAUGCAUCUAUGGUUUAAUGCGUGGCGCAUAAUGGAAAAUGAAAGCUAA